AUGAGGAUAUUUUUGGGCGAAAACUUCCUCGUGAGUUCCGACCUGCACCUGGUGGCAGCAGAGGGGUUAAAGUACCAACAGCCAAGCAUCACACAGGGCAGUCGGACUGACGUUGUGUCGGUGACACCCUGGUUGGCUCCGAUCGUCUGGGAGGGAACGUUCAACCCAACUCUCCUGGACGCCGUCUACUACAAGAAGAACAUCAGCAUCGCUGCCACUGUGUUCGCUGUUGGGAAGUACGUCAUGUUUCUGAGGAACUUCCUGGAGACGCUAGAUCAGCACUUCUUCGCGGGUUUCAGAGUGCAUGUAUACGUCUUCACCGACCAGCCGAAGGAGGUGCCAAAAGUGAAAAUGGCUGCCGGCAGAGAGCUGAUUGUGCAACCGGUACCAAGUUCCAAUCGCUGGCAAGAAAUCUCCGCCCGCCGGAUGGAAAUCAUCCAGAAGCUAAUCGAGGAGAAAAUCCAAAACAAAGUGGAUUACAUCUUCUGUCUGGAUGUGGACUCUAAGUUUCACGAUCGCUGGGGGACUGAAUCACUGGGUGGACUGGUGGCUGUGAUCCAUCCAGGUUACUACAAGAACGACCGCAGUAAGUUCCCGUAUGAGCGGCGGACCUCCUCCAGAGCCUAUGUAGCGCCUGAUGAGGGUGACUUCUACUACUGUGGGGGGGCAUUCGGAGGCCUAAUACCGGAAGUUCUCCAGCUCGCCAAGACCUGUCGGAAGAACUUUGAAGAUGACGCCAAGGAGGGCAUUGAGGCUGCCUGGCAGGAAGAGAGUCACUUGAACAGGUACAUGUGGAUAAACAAGCCAAGUAAGGUUCUGUCACCUGAAUACCUGUGGCAGGACUUCAAACAAAGAGAAGCGGAAAUACGGACCAUCAGGUUCUCUGGGGUUGUAAAGAACUAUAACGACAUACGACCCAACUGAGUCCCUCAACUUAGUCACUGUCACUGGACCUAACUGCACUUUAACUAGACCAAGCAGGUCCGGACCGGC